CCUCUCUGGCAGCGUAUAUCCGGUACAUGUGACUCCAUCUGAAAACGUGUGAUAGUCAGUAGAGAAGAAACAAUCUGAACAGAAAAAUGGUGGGCAGUGAAAAUGAUGAUUUCGAUCGUAAAGAAGUAGAGAUCAGGGAAACAAUGGAUAAUAAUCAACAAAACGGAGAAUUAGUUUCUGCGAGGAACAACGAGGAACGAGAUAUAAACGCGGAAAUUGACGAACAAAGGAGAAAAUACCAACCAACGCGGCUGGAGUCGUUUUUUGCAAUAACAAAAUCGUUAAUUAUACGUGUCCUCAUUAUUUAUUGUAUCAGUCAUCUGUUCAGACGGAUUCAGACCGACUAUUCUCCAACCUCCGGCGUUGCGAAUCCAACGCAUCAGCCGGCUGUAAAUUUAUUUAAGAACGGUACAUUGUUCGAUUUGCACGUUUACUUGUCAGAAUCAGAGAAUUUCGAGCAAUUCGACGAUCCAAGAAGUUUAAUAUGGUUGGAAAAAGGAUUAAUAUACGGGGAUUGGUACAGUGGACCAGAUAAAGAUGGAUCGAAAGUGAUGAUUCAUAAAUUUACAGCGUCUGAUCAAUUAAAAAACAAUGGAUCCAUAUAUCUUCACGUGUACGUUACAAAAACUGGGAAAACUCCCAAUCCUAAAUACUUGUAUGCAGGAGCAUCCAUGUCGUAUUCUAGAAAAAUGUUGAAUAAAUUUAAAAAAAUUCGAUAUCAGAGAAAGCAUAAUUUGUUGACUGGUGAGACGACAGCGACUAAAGAGGAGAUCGAAAAAGCUGAGUCGAUGAACCAGGAAUAUGUAUCUCACUGGCAUCCAAAUUUAACUGUUAAUUUAGUAACGGAUCAAACUAAUUGGGUGUACGGUCAAGUAUCGCCACCUUUAGAUACAUAUAUUCAGUUUUUGCCUGGCGAAAAAUUUUACAAGCCUGUAAUAUAUAUGAACGAUUUUUGGAAUAUGCAAAGAGACUAUCAACCUUUGAACAAUACUAUAAAAGAGCUUGAACUUAGAUUAACUUAUCAGCCAAUAUCGUUGUUUAAAUGGCAAAUUUAUGCAGCUCAAACAAUGAGAAAUAAAUGGACAUCUUCUCUCAUGGGAGAUUCUGUAGAUGAAGAUGAUAACGAUCAGGAUACUUUGAAAGAAACGUUGUUGGAAACAAAUCCCUAUCUCUUGGGUCUUACUAUAAUUAUAUCGAUAUUACAUAGCGUACUUGAAUUUUUAGCAUUUAAAAAUGAUAUCCAAUUCUGGAACAAUCGUAAUUCGUUGGAAGGACUUUCCGUUCGAUCUGUAUUCUUCAAUGUGUUUCAAUCACUCAUCGUUUUGUUGUACGUUCUCGAUAACGAGACGAACACGGUCGUUCGAAUCAGCUGUGCCAUUGGUUUAUGUAUAGAAAUAUGGAAAAUUAACAAGGUGAUAGAUAUCAGUGUCGACAAAAGUUCGAAGGUACUCGGUAUCUUUCCAAAAAUAACUUUCCACGACAAAGGAUCGUACGUAGAAUCUUCCACGAAGGAGUACGAUAGACUAGCUUUCAAGUAUCUAUCUUGGACCCUUUUCCCUCUUCUGGGUGGAUACGCGAUCUACUCGUUAAUGUAUUUGGAACAUAAAGGAUGGUAUUCCUGGGUUCUCAGUAUGCUCUACGGGUUCUUAUUAACGUUCGGAUUCAUUAUGAUGACGCCACAAUUAUUUAUUAAUUAUAAAAUGAAAAGCGUCGCGCAUCUUCCGUGGCGUAUGAUGUCUUAUAAAUUCAUAAAUACCUUUAUCGACGACAUGUUCGCAUUUGUUAUAAAAAUGCCGACGUUAUACAGAAUUGGUUGCUUCCGCGAUGACAUAGUUUUCUUCAUAUUUUUAUACCAAAGAUGGAUAUACAAAACUGAUCAUACUAGAGUAAAUGAAUUCGGUUUCUCUGGCGAGAUGGAAGCUAAGUUAGCCAGCGAGAAGAAACGAGAAGCUAUUAAAGACUGUCCAAAAAAAGAGGCAGAUAAAAAGAACGAGUAACGUCUGGUACAUAAUAAUUAGCAUUUGAAUGUAUUAUUCGAUCUUAAAUUAAUAAAUUUAUUAGUACCAAAGGACUACUAUACUACACACGUUAAUGUGUACCUUUGUCAGUUUCAUAAUAACUACGUCGGUGUGCAUGUACAUAUAUUUUUUUCUCGUUUAAAACAUCUAGCAGCUGUUCUAGCCGAAGCUUCACAAUUGCGUUGAUAUGCUCGGGGGCAGGAAUGUCCGUUACACCAGAGAAAUAUGCAGAAAAAGUUAUAGUAUAAUUGUAUAAAUCAGUGUAGGGAAGCUUUGUUUUUAAUAUCGCAUCGACUAUCGAUGCUCCGUAACGAUUCUCGUCCUUUUGUACCAGUUUUGUUUCGGCAUUUAACAAAUAUUUGCAAUCGGGAUUUAUUCAUACGGGUGUAAAUGAAACAAUCUGGACUACAUAUACACAUGUGCAUACAAUAUAUAUUGACGAGUAGUUUAAAUAAAAAUAGUAUUAUAUUUUAUAUAUGUAUAUCGUGUUUUUACGUAGCGUAUAUCUACGUUUACCUUUAUUAUACUUACGUAUAUGUAUCUCGAACGUCGCGUUGUUUCGUUCAGAGAAUUCUCUAAACAAAUUCACGUAAUGCAUAAGUGAACAAACUGUGCUCGCUCUUAGUCGAAUUACUGUUUUAAUAAAUCAAUGUCUUCAACGACCACUUUGUCGUGAUUACCAAAAGUGAAGAGUGAAUAAAAAGACGAGACGAAUAAAAUGAAAUUUUAUUGACUCUUUAUACAAUUUAUACUGGUUUCAAGUGUAAUAUUAUUAUAUAUAAUAUUAAUUCUUGUCUUGCUUUUCAUAAAGAGAACUCUCUAUAGCCUCGGUAGUAAACUGUGACAAUAAUUUAUGUACGUUAUCCGAAAUAUCUAAUUUCACGUGACAGGAAGAGGCAAAGUAGCAAUGGUCAAGAUCUAAUUUCCUUUUGUAUAAAUAUUCCUGCGAACGUAACAACAGAGAUUUAUGAACCAUCUUAAGUACAAAUUAUAUUAUAUGUACAGUGUCUAUAAUAUGCUAAAAAAAUACAAUUAUUUUCGUGCGAA